AGACACUUUCACUUGUCAGUGAAAUCAUACUUCCUUCUCUUCGUCUUCUUCUUUUCCUUCUCCUAUUUCAUUUUCUAAAUUUCAUCUCAAAAAACAUGGCUAACUAUAGGAUGGAUUCAGAGGAGGAAGCCUUGUUUCGACAUUCUCCUUAUACACUUUACUUCGUCCAAAGUCCAUCUACUAUCUCGCAUGCAAACAGCGGAGAACUCACUCGUAAUAAUAACAACAACAAAAACAAUAAUAUUAACGAGUUUUCAGUAUGUCAUUCCCCAAUCCCUCAACCCGAGGUCGGUCCAUUGGCUCUCUCUCGAUACUCAUCUCGUGGAUCUAACCAUUCAUUCUCACAUCACGAGAAGAAGAUAUCGUGUGACUCGCUUCAGAGCCAUGAAACAGGAAUUAAUGAUGAGAACGUUGAGAUUGAUCAUGAGAAACAUUGUGGUGCAAUAUUAUUGCUACAUGGGAAAAAUGGUAAUAGUGUUGAAGAGGGGAAUGAAUAUGAGGAUGAAUAUGAAUAUGAAGAGGAGGAUUAUUAUUAUGGGAAAGGAAAUUGGAAGAGGUUUUUUUCUUUGGGAUAUUCGGAUUCGACACCGUGGAUUGUUUUGCAAGUAACUUGGAGGCUUAUUGUGAGUAUGAUAAUAGCUUUGGUAGUUUUCUACGUUGCCACAAAGCCCCCUGCACCUAAGGUUUCUCUUGAGAUUGCUGGUGUUCGUGAAUUUGGAUUAAGAGAGGGAGUGGAUGGAACUGGUGUAAAUACCAAAAUGCUUACAUGCAAUUAUUCCAUGAGUUUACAAAUAGAUAACAAGUCUAAGCUGUUUGGGCUUUACAUUCAACCCCCUGCAAUGGAAAUGUAUUUUGGAAGGGUCCCUUUCAUAUUAGCACAAGGAGAAGAGCUAUAUGCAGGGAGCAAUGGGCAAACAUACUUCAAGCUAAAUGUAGGGACAAGGGAAAAGGCAAUGUAUGGGGCAGGUAGAAUAAUGCAAGACAUGCUCCAAUCUGGGAAAGGAUUGCCUCUCCUCCUACGCGUGCAUCUCACUUCAACUUUCCAUGUUGUUUGGGGUCUUAUCAAACCCAAAUUUCAUCACCAAAUCGAGUGCCUCCUUCAUCUUCAUAAUACUUAUAAUAAAAGACAUAGAACCCAAGCUUAUAACAGCACUUGUACUGUUCUCACUUCUUAAUUCAAACUUGAACUGGUUUAUGAAAAAAGAAAACAUGGAGAAAGUGUUAUCGGUGUUGUUGAGCUAGGUUCGACCUUUAAGUUUCUCAGUCAUGUGCCUUUUUUUGUAAAGGAUACUAAAAGAUCCAUUAAGUAGUAUAUAAAAUUCUAUGUGGUUUUACCUCAAAUUUGUCUUCCAAAUAGCAGGAUUUUGUAUUGUCAAUUAGUUUAACUUGGCUUACUACAGAUUGGCAUUUGA